CCAAAACUCCAUAUCUCAGCGAUCCUAGGUCGACGUCAUACUGACCCCUUGUUAGUUCUGUACUUCGCGUUGUUCUCUGACUCGCCAAGUUCGACAAACCUUAACUGCACCACCACCUCUGUGUCGACCCUACUUGUGCUAUCCGUGGUUCUUAGGUUAGCAAUGUUCUUUGCCGGCAUUACGCCGUGAUCCGAUGCUGUGGCGUACAAUAACAGGGAUUUGAUUCGCGUCGGCUAGGCCCCUGGUUCGGCUUCCUUACUCGCGUUAUAGGUUGUCGUCGGGGACAUGCGUCCGUUCAAUUUCGAAACAACUACAUUAUCGCCCUGUACUUUUCGACCACAUAGCCAUUGAUUUUUCCGCGACCCUACCGCAUUGUUUUAUUCUGGAGUCACGGUGUCUGGUUGUACAUGAUGCCUCAAAAACAGAAACCCGAUCCCCACUGUGCGCCAAGCUCUUCCACCACUCUUGAAUCUCCUCAUCCCCCCAGUUCGACAACUUCACGAAAUGUGAAUUCGAAACGAACGUCUCAAAAAGAUAAGAGCCGGAAGUAUUUUCAGCAAGCACAACCAACAUUCUCAUUGGAAUUGCCGACACACACACCUAAACUCGAGUUCUUGGACAACUUUGAUCCAGACAAGGACUUGGUCGUUAGAAAAAAAGCAAGAGAAUGGGUAAACAAGAACAAAGGCCUUCGAACUCAGCCUUGGCGAGCAAGGCCUGAGCCCAAAAAGAUCAAAACCAAAGACGGGAAUGAGCAGCAGAAGCAGUUAGCAAAAAGAAAGAACAAUGAAACAACGAGAGUUCACGAUCCACUCAAGAUUAUUGGAGUAAGUCAGAAGGAUCCAUUCAACAUGCUGCCUGACAUCGGGAGGAAUUACGAUCAUAUUAUCGACUUCUUUCUUUCUGGCUGCUGCCCUGAGGAAAUACCAUGUUCGGAUGACAAAUAUGUUCAAGGGCCUGAAAAAGCCCUCGUUUCAUUCUCCCAAGAGAACAGCAUCUUCUGGAACGUGUCUAAAAGUGAUCUGUCUUUUACACUCUGGCUCUUCGCGACAGUCAGCGUACGCGGCGGAUUGUCUGGGAAUCCCCACACGGAAGAGAUACAAUGGUUCUAUCUUAAGGCGUUGAGACUUCUGCAAGAAACGUUGCAAAAAGAGACGGAGCUAAAUGAGUUUUCUGAUGAAAUGCUUACAGGGCUAGCAUGUGUCAUGGCAACUGCGAACUAUUCGGGCAUGUUCAGUACCGCAGCGUUACACCGUGAUGCUAUGCUUCGAAUGUUGACGUUGCGAGGCGGCGGAGACAUCAUCAAGGGCUUCCUGUCAGUUAAUCCAUGGGGGAAAAAGUGCAUGCAAUGGUGUGAGUUUAUGAUCGCUGCGCAGCUCGUCGAGGUUCCAAAGGUACCAUACGAGGCUCCAAUCGCAUCUGCAAUCCUUCCGCCUACGUUGGCUCGCGAAGCGUGUCGCCUGACCGCCGUCUCUCUUUCGAACUUACCACCUCUCUGCGAGCCUCUGCAGAUAAUCUUAGGUUUGCUGCAUCAGCUCGCAUUGUCAUAUGCGCAUCGACAACCACGUGUGAGCAUUGAUUCUUACGUCAUAACGCCAUUAUACAAUGUUGAAUUUACACUGCUGGAAACCCUCGCUGCACAAAGAUUGCCAGACCACGGUUACUCAGAUGUUGAAGUCCUACUGACUGAGACAUUCCAACUCUUCUUCUGGACUGGACCCAGACAACUGCCGACCCAGAUAAGGAUGUGCGAUCUUUUCGUAUCACGCAUCAUGAAAGCUUUACUACCACUUCUCCUCGAAACAGAACUGGCCGAAGACAUGAACGGCUUUCGAGAGAGAGCUUCAUCGCUCAGAGAGGACAACAGUAUCAAGCCUCCAAACGUCGAUGAUUACCUUAACCUGUUCCACCGCAACUCGCGCCAUACGAACAACGCCAUUAUGUGGAGUCUGGCUCUGGGCACAAUCGUCUCCGCCACGUUUCAAAGACCUGAGCACUUGUGGUUCAAGGGUCGGCUUGACUUGCAACUUCGAGCAAUGGGGCUGUACAAGAAGAAGGAAGAAUAUCAAACGUUUCUGAACAUGUUUCCGUCAACGGAUGGUUUUGCGUGGAUUGACCUCAGAAAUAUCCCCGACUAGUACGAAGCAUGGCGUUUGCUCCAAGAUCAGGACUGGACGGCGAGGAUCCUAUGCACUCGACGUCAGAGACAUCAGACCUUUAGAUGAGAGUUAAGUUCUGAGAUUCGAGGUUGUUCCAAGAAGAGACUGGCUUCUACUACGGGUAUCAACGCUCAUGUUACACAGCCCAGCUUGCAAAGCAACGUGUACACAUUCACAUUUCGUUUCUGAUGUUUAGCGACAGUCUCCAUGAAUCAAAGCCACAGUUCUGUGCUCC